AUGGCAGCCAACAGCCACCAGGUCCAAACCCAUUCCCAUCAGGAAACACUAAAUUCUGUUUGCCACCGUCCCCUGAAUCUAAACAGCCACCCUCUGUCUAAGAGCUCCUCAAGUCUGGCAUGCACUGGGCAAGUGAGUUCUGAUGAAAGACAGAGCAACAAGCAAGAUCUCAAGAAGAGCCUCAGUAGUACUGUCUGCCAAACACAGGUGAGCAAGAACGAUGUUGGAAGUACCCCUAGUUCUGAAUGGUCUUCCACACAGUCUGGAAUGGUGGAAAGUUCGUCGGCUGUCAGAACAACGAGUGAUCAGUCACCAGGUGAUAAUGUGCAGAACAGAGCUACGACUACAAACUGCUUCCUGACUGUUGACCAGACUCCAGUAUCCCUGGAAGGAAAGGACACUAAGAUGCAUGUCAAGAGUAGCACUGUUGAGAACAUUUCUUCAGUCUGUGAUACACACCAGCAAAGUAUGAAUAGAAUGGAAGGACUGGAAGCUUCAGUCCAAAGAAGCCAUUCUGACCUAACAUGCAGUUGCAAGCAGCAGAGUUCUGUCGCCCACAUGGAAACCAGUGCCACACACUCUAUUAUAAGUUCUUCUAGCAGUAAUUAUGAUACACCAAUGCAUAACAUGUCUUUCCAAAGACCGAGAUAUGGCUCUGGAACAUAUGAAAAUACUCCUAACUAUCAAAACUGGGUGACUCAGAUUCCCACUUCACAUAGAGACCAAAAAGUGCCCACAAACAGCUUUGACAGUGGCGGUAUAACACAUAACACAACCAUUUAUACAGAUCCUGGAACAUUUCACACUGCUGUUCUAGGACCACACAUGCCAGGAAGUGGUUUCCCAAACAGGACAAUGUGCAGUCAAUCAAUUGGGCUUAGUCAAGGUGGCAUGUCUUACAAUAAUGUAUCAAGCAGUAUAUACUCUCCCACAGUGAUGACAAUUCACAACAGCACUGCCCUACCCUGCAGUGCAAGGCAGGAUUCUGCUAUGAAGAUAGAUGGCACUGUUUCUGCCUAUUGCCAUUCUUUGCCAAUACCAUCUCUUCAACUUGUUCCAAGGUUGGUAUGCUCAGUUAGUGACUCGGGAAGAGAACAGGUAACUCCUGGAUAUUGUCAGUCCUUGCCUACUUCAGAUAUGAUGACCUUUCCUAAACUGGUGUCAUCUGUUAGUGAAUCAGGUCUGGAUGCAAAGCGAAUCCUGAAAUGCUGUAGUGUUCCUGGGGAGCAUCUGUCACAUGCUCAGCACUGCGUUCAACAGAGCAGAGCUCAACAGGAAAUGAAGGCUUCUUACAUUGUGUUGCAUGACCAGCAGUGUGCAGACAUGAUAAUGAAGACUAAAGACACAUGGACUAUGACCUCUAUGAAUGACUUAACCAAAGAACUGAGAUCUCCUCUUGAGUGCAAAGAUGCAGAGGUACAAACCAUUUCAACAAUGGAAUGCAAGUCUGUGGCCACAAGCCCAUCUGUUGUAGCUGAAGGUCACUCUCAUGUGUUCCCAGAGGUUAAUUUAGAACAUGACCAAGAGGCCCCAAAGUCUCCGGUACGUGAAGUGAGAUGGGAUGAUGAAGGGAUGACAUGGGAAGUAUAUGGGGCAGCCGUGGACCCAGAAGUUCUUGGAUUAGCCAUUCAAAAACAUCUUGAAAUUCAAAUAGAACAAUUCCAGACAGAGCCUAUAGAGCUCUCUAGGAAAAGUACUGAGGAGUCACCUCCAGCUAAAGAGGCAAAGAAAAGGCCAUUUAGAACAAUGAUGCACUCUCUGAGACACCCAAGCUGCUGUGCCCGUUCCAAUACUGUUGUGGAGUGAACAUAGCUACAUGCCUGCAACAUUUAAACUGUCUUGUAAAUAAACAUUGAAUCUUAAGACUUAACGCAGCUAGUGUGGACAAUCCAGUCACUUUAGAAUAGGGUGGGAAACUGUGAGUUGACAUAAAAUAAGAAACUCCAAGGAGAUCUAUUACCUGAGAACUCAACAAGAAACUCCAAGGAGAUCUAUUACCUGAGAAAGCAGAAGCCUUGUAUAUUUGUAGCUCCUUGACUUUUUUGUUUUCUAUAGUACUAUUCAGUUCUUGUGUAUUACAAGCAAUGAUAGAUUUUUUUUCUAAAAGAGAAAUCUUCUAAGGUAAUGUUAUUGUACUUUGUACUUUAAUAAUUUACAGUUAGGAAAACUUUUUAAAAAUACAACUUACAUUCCUUAAAAUCCUAUUACAUUGAAACUCUUUGGGGAAAUAGUAUGCUGUUUUUAAAAACUAUAACUUAAUUGCAUUUUAGACUUUACAGAGCCAUAAAUACCACUUUAGUAAUAUAUAAAGGGCAUAAUAUUAAUGACACUGUAAUUGCUAUAUAGUUAAUGAAUAAGAGUGAUCUGUAAUAUAAAUGUGCAGAGUAACUUCAAUUCUGCUAGUCUGACUUCAUUCUAUACAUCACAUAUGUCACAGACAAUGUAUAGAUAGAAGACACUACUGCAAUAUCACUUAAAUUAGUCUAUAUAGUUAUAAUGAAUUACAUAAGUAUCCAAAGGACUUAGUGCUUGCAAUGUAACUAAGACAUAAAUGUACAAUAUUACCAAAGAUACCUAUUGAAUCAUGAAUGACUCAUGUAAUGUGAAUUUUAUCCUGAAUAGCUCUUUCUUACAAACACGACACAAAAAAAGUAUCUCAGGCUAGUCUGUCAUACUGUGUCUAUAUUACAGAUUGGUUUCCUGACAUUAA